AUGGAGCCUUGGAAGCAGUGUGCAAACUGGCUCAUCCAGUGCCGGGUGUUGCCGGUCAAUCACCGGGUGACUUGGGACGAGGCGCAGGUGUUCGACCUGGCCCAGACCCUUCGCGAUGGGGUCCUCCUUUGCCAGCUGCUCAACAACUUGCGCCCUCACGCCCUCAAUCUCAAGGAGAUCAACCUGAGACCUCAGAUGUCCCAGUUUCUGUGCUUGAAGAAUAUAAGAACAUUCCUUUCUGCCUGCUGUGAAAUAUUUGGCAUGAAGAAGAGCGAACUCUUUGAAGCAUUUGACUUGUUUGAUGUUCGUGAUUUUGGAAAGGUUAUAGAAACUUUAUCCAAACUUUCUCGCACCCCUAUUGCUUUAGGCACUGGAAUAAGGCCCUUUCCUACGGAAGAGAGUGUUAAUGAUGAAGACAUAUACAAAGGCCUUCCAGAUUUAAUAGAUGAAACGAGAGUGAAUGAAGAUGAAGACCUUUAUGAUUGCGUUUAUGGGGAAGAUGAAGGAGGUGAAGUGUAUGAAGACCUAAUGAAAGCUGAAGCAGCACAUCAGCUUAAAUGUCCUGAGAAUGACAUAAGAACUUGCUGUCUUUCGGAAAUAAAACAGACUGAAGAGAAAUACACCGAAACACUGGAAUCAAUCGAAAAGUUUUUUAUGGUGCCAUUGAAAAGAUUUCUGACGCCAUCAGAAUUUGAAACAGUAUUCAUCAACAUUCCUGAUUUGGUGAAAAUCCACAGAACUUUAACGCAAGAUAUUCAUGAAUCCAUUGUAAGCAAAAGUGACCAGAAUUUGUAUAAAAUUUUUAUUAGCUACAAGGAAAGAUUGGUGAUUUAUGGGCAGUAUUGCAGUCAAGUAGAGACGGCUAUUUCCUGUUUGGAUAUUAUUUCCAAGACAAAGGAAGAUGUUAAGCUGAAAUUGGAGGAAUGUUCCAAAAGAGCUAAUAAUGGGAAAUUUACUCUGCGGGAUCUCCUUGUAGUUCCAAUGCAACGAGUUCUGAAGUAUCAUCUGCUGCUUCAGGAGCUGGUAAAACACACUAAUGACAUAACUGAGAAGGCAAAUCUAAAGUUGGCCCUUGACGCAAUGAAGGAUUUGGCACAAUAUGUAAAUGAAGUGAAGCGAGAUAAUGAAACCCUCCGUGAAAUUAAGCAAUUUCAAUCAUCAAUAGAAAAUUUGAACCAAUCCCUUUUACUCUAUGGAAGACCACAAGGUGAUGGUGAAAUAAAGAUAACGACUCUGGACAAACGAGCAAGACAAGAUAGGCAUAUCUUUUUAUUUGACUUGGCUGUAAUAGUAUGUAAACGGAGAGGUGAUAAUUAUGAAAUGAAGGAUAUAAUUGAUCUUCAGGAAUACAAAAUAAGCAAUAACCCUACCACUGACAAGGAGAAUAAAAAGUGGUCUUACGGCUUCUACCUCAUACACACACAAGGACAAAACGGCUUAGAACUGUACUGCAAAACCAAAGAUUUGAAGAAGAAAUGGCUCGAGCAGUUUGAAAUGGCCCUGUCAAACAUAAGGCCCCAGUUUGCAGAAACAAAUACACAUGACUUUAAAAUGUAUACCUUCACUCGUGUAACAUCUUGCAAAGUCUGUCAGAUGCUUUUGAGGGGAACUUUUUAUCAAGGCUACUUAUGUUCAAAGUGUGGGGCUGGAGUCCACAAAGAAUGUUUGGGAAGACUCGACAACUGCAGAGUUAAUUUAGUUGAACAUGGAACUCUGAAACAAGAGAAAAGACUGAAUGGACUUCGAAAGAGUUCCAGGCAUAUGGACUCAGGUUUACCAAAAAUGCAAGUGAUUAAAAACUAUACUGGGAUUCCCCAGCCAGUUCCACCCGAUGGUCCUCCAUUAUUCAUCCAGAUUGGAGACAUCAUUGAACUCAUCAAAGGAGAUGCACACAGCUUAUUUUGGCAGGGUAGAAAUUUAAUGACCCAGGAGCUUGGUUUCUUUCCAAGUGAUGCAGUAAAACCUUGCCCAUGUGUCCCUAAACCAGUAGACUAUUCUUCUCAGCCAUGGUAUGCCGGAAAAAUGGAAAGAUUACAAGCAGAAGCAGAACUUAUUAACCGGGUAAACAGCACUUACUUAGUGCGGUAUAGGACUAAAGAAUCAGGAGAAUAUGCCAUUAGCAUUAAGUACAAUAAUGAAGUGAAGCACAUCAAGAUUUUCACAAGAGAAAGCUUUUUUCACAUUGCAGAAAAUAGGAAAUUUAGAAGUUUAAUGGAACUUGUGGAAUAUUACAAACACCAGUCUCUCAAAGAAGGCUUCCGAAGUUUGGAUACGACUCUUCAGUACCCGUACAAGGAAUGUGAAAAUACACAGGAUCAAAGGAGCCACCGGGCAAGCAGCAAUUUGCUGAGUCCCAAGGUCCUCGGGAUAGCCAUCGCUCGCUAUGAUUUCUGUGCAAGAGACAUGCGUGAAUUAUCCCUGCUCAAAGGAGAUGUGGUCAAAAUUUACACAAAAAUUAGCGCCAAUGGCUGGUGGAGAGGUGAAGUCAAUGGAAGGGUGGGCUGGUUUCCAUCGACCUAUGUAGAAGAGGACGAAUGACUGGCAGAUGCAGUUGGUACUAUCAAUCAUAAAUUUCAGGGACUAUGAAAGCACCAUUGAACUGUCUGCAGAGCAUUAUUCAUCCUGCUAAGUAUUUGAAAUGCAGCUCUCUUCUGUCUAUUGAAACUUUCCAGGCCCCAACGCUGGAAUUCCUGAAGACGUUUGUGCUGACAGCUUGAAUAUCUCACUCAGAGAGGUGCAGAGAAGCUGCCUCACAGCUUCCCACCACUGGGGACCAGUCCCAAACUCUAAACCUCACCUUCCUGGGAAAAAAAAAAGAAAAUCAUUUCAAAACAGACUUCUUUUAAAAACACUUCAUUUCAUUCCAUCUACAGUGAAUGCUAAGUAUGGCUAGCAGUUUAUGAGCUCUACCUUUCUGUGAAGUGAGAUCUCUGAUGACAGUUAUCACUUAUGACUUCUUCUAGAGGGAAAUGUUUGAGCAUUCCGGUAAUCAUGUGGUCAAUAUUAUUUCUUCUGAAAUAUCUUACAGCACUAAUUAACUUUGCCAAUAACCGCACACUUCACCAGUUCUGCAAUCUCUCAAUACACUUUUUUGGGGAUGAAGCAUAAAUUCAAUAUGAUUUGCAUGUCAUUUAGUGGAAUGGAGAUGUGUGUGUGGGAGGUGGGGGAGAAAGAAUACAAGCAAAUUUAGUGUUUAAAUCCAGGGAUAUUUUAACUGGCUUAUCGGAGUCUUUUAUUACAAUAUUUUAUGGAACCAAGUUUUUAAAAAAGCGGUUGUGACUUAUACAAUUAUAUUUGAAAAAGGAAUUAACAGAAAAAGCUGCCUAAUAUAAGAUAUUCCAUACAAAACUUUACAUUUUAAUACACAAGCCCAUGUGAUAUGCUAAAAAUCUGUAUAUUUAAGAGAAUUUCUACAAUUUUAUAGAGAAAAGCUUUGGAAACAGUCUGAUUGUAUGUCUUGGCCAUUAUUAAAAAUUCUACUAAUGUUCAGGGUAGCUAUGAUUGUCGAUCAAUAGGAUCAGUGAUCUUGCAAAGGCAUUGUGGGUCCUUGAGAUGAUUGUAUUACAUAGAAAACAAGUAAUUCAGGUGAAUAAUACUUUGUCCUAUGCUCCAUUCUGUAGCUGAGCUGAAUGAUUUCAUAAAAAUGUAACCCUUUUCUCCCUGUCUUUGGGUUUCAAAGUUUGGCUAAGUUGAAAGCCAUUGCCACAAAUAAUACUUCAUCUGAGAUUUCCAUUGUUUUAAGCUUUAGGGAUAAAUUAAGAAGGUCACUAUAGUUUUCAAAAACAGAAUCUUCAAGGGUAAUAUUUAUGUCCCAGCCCAUAGUUUUGAAACACACACACACGGUAUUCUUAAAAUAGAUUGAGCAGUAGUAGCUUAAUAUCUCAAGCAGAAAAUACCCAAGCAGCUCAUAAAAGCUUGCAAAAUACUGGGGUGCAGUUCAUACAGUGACUUUGGAACUUGUGAAGACUCAAAUUCGUACGUAGGUGAUCUUCAUAUUUUCCAGGGAAACUCCUUCCGAAGUUGGUGUGUGCUUUAUAAAAGGUAGCCCAAUUGGAUAGAACUUCAAUCAGAAAUGUAAAUCAAGAAACCUUUUAUCUUCUGUUGAUUCACAAAAGAGCCUUUGGAUUGAUUUUGGAUCCGAUAUAAUCAAUAGACACUGCCUGACUUUCCCAGAUCCUGAGGUUUGUCUUAAUGUUAAAUGAACCAGUUAUUCAAUUAUACAUAACCUGUAAAAUUUUUGUUCCACUCUGCGUGUAUGGAGUGUUUAAAUAAUCGGAUGAUUACGCAGGUUUGAUUCUUCCUUCCUUCACACUUGCUUCUAAUGGAAAGGUUGCCUAUUGCUAAUUGAGCAAUUGCAAAGACAUGUACGGUAGCACUUAUAAACUAAUCCACUUCCAUCAUCAAAAAAUGAUACGUUAAUAAUGCUAAAGAGGAAGAGGAAGAUGCACAGGUUAGAAACGGUCUCAACUUCUCUGGACUUCUAUCUUCAUAAUUUAAUGCUAGCAGGUAAAGCUUUUGGUCUUGAGAAAAAAAUUCAAAAUUAUUUAUUGGAGACAUUAUUUUGUUGGAACCCAUGACAACCUUUAUAUCCAGUUCUGGGAUUGUAUGUAAUAAAAUGUCCUGUGCUGAAAUGUUAGUUAGAAUAUGUCCUUGAUACUUUUCGGUCUAGUGGACUGAUCCUUAAGUAAGCAAAACUGAUGAUCAGGAGAUUUGCCUCUUUUUAAUGGAGAAAAGUUUGGUCUUUCGUUUGCAUCGUGAUAUUCCAUCAUUGCUUAUAUGUCUUGCAAGGAAGAAUCAAGUUAAUGUAAAAAAAAUAUAUAUAUGGAGAAAUGGGUUGUUUGACCAAAACAUUUUGAAGGGUAGUUUAAAAGCUACAAAGUUGGUGUUUGGUAAUAUUUUGCAACUCAGGUGGAACUUGAAUACCAUAUCUAAACAAUUUCUCACAAAGCGUCUGCAUUUACCUCUGUAAACACCACACACAAACACAAUCACACACACACGUGGGGGGGGGGAGAUUUUUUGUGGCAGAUAAAGGGCAGGCAGCAAUUUAACCUCACUUGCUUGUCCCUUGGUGUCACAAUUCCCCAUUUCUUCAGCUUUUCUUUCUUCUUUGUGCUGUGACCCAGGGAAGGGGGUGGGUGGGUUGUCUUUUGCUGCUUGAAAUAUUUUGAUUGGGUUUGGCUGAUCAAGUGCGAAUCCCUCUGCAUACAUUAACCUUCUCAUUUUCAGGAAGGGACUGGAGAAUCCAGUCACUGAGGAGCUCCUCCAUAAGUGCACAAAGUUUUAGGUCAGGACUCUGCUCUUUCUUGUCUUCAUUAAAUGCCCUGUGUUGAGUAAGUGAAAUGCUGCAUCAUUGCUAUAUUUCAAACACCAAAGAUUUAGUAGGCUGGAGCCUUGCUGCCUCUUUAUUUCGCUGCAAUGCCUAUUUAUUUUCCCUGUGUCAGACCUUGCUCUCAUGCAGUGAGCUGGGGCAGUACUUUAAUUUGUAAUGUUAUGUAAAUAUGUGAAUAUAUUAAUAAACUGGUUAAUUACUUGUUUAAUGAC